GUUUUACAGGCUGUCUUGUUUCGCAAGAAGACUAGAGUACUUUAAGAAAAGCACUCUCUUUCUUUUCGCUCAGUUGCUCUCUCUUAAUACUCUCUUCACAAGGUUUUGUUAGAUCUAACAUCCAAUCGAUCCAAGAUGUUUCUCACCAGGACUGAGUAUGACCGUGGGGUGAACACAUUUUCUCCGGAGGGAAGAUUGUUCCAGGUAGAAUAUGCUAUUGAGGCCAUCAAGCUGGGUUCAACUGCAAUUGGGUUAAAGACGAAAGAAGGUGUUGUGUUGGCUGUCGAGAAGCGUAUUACUUCGCCAUUGUUGGAGCCCAGCAGUGUUGAGAAGAUUAUGGAAAUUGAUGAACAUAUAGGAUGUGCUAUGAGUGGCUUGAUUGCUGAUGCCCGUACACUUGUUGAACAUGCUCGAGUUGAGACUCAGAACCACAGAUUCUCAUAUGGCGAGCCAAUGACUGUAGAGUCCACAACACAAGCUCUUUGUGACCUGGCCCUUCGAUUUGGUGAAGGAGAUGAAGAAUCCAUGUCCCGUCCAUUUGGGGUGUCUCUUCUCAUUGCUGGUCAUGAUGAGAAUGGGCCUAGCUUAUACUAUACUGAUCCCUCUGGCACAUUUUGGCAAUGCAAUGGAAAAGCUAUAGGCUCAGGUUCCGAAGGUGCAGACAGCUCUUUGCAAGAGCAAUACAACAAGGACCUGACUCUUCAAGAAGCUGAAACUAUUGCUCUGUCCAUUUUAAAGCAAGUAAUGGAAGAGAAGGUGACUCCCAACAAUGUUGAUAUUGCCAAAGUAGCACCAACAUACCAUCUAUACACCCCUUCAGAGGUGGAAGCUGUCAUUACUCGCCUAUGAGAAUGCGCUGCCAUCAUAAGAUCUUACCAUGCAACAACCUGCUUUACUGUUAUAACGAUGCAUGACUUGAGGGGGAGAAGCUUGUAUUUGUUUCUUGGGAUUCAAGCUGUGAAACGUUAUUUUUGGUGUGGCACUAAACUCAUCUACUCUUUCAGUUGGAUAAUUUAAUUACACCAGAUCGGAAAAAAGAACCUUUUUUAUUUGGA